AUGGAAUCGUCGUCAGAGGGCAGUUGGCGAAAAGAUAUUGAAAAAUCUCUCGAUUCAGUCCUUGGUGUUGUCAGCAAAUCAUUGGGGCCAGUCUCAUAUCAUAACUACCGUCACUCAAAAGAAGUUUCUGAAAAGCCGAAAGCAAUCUCUUUCCUGGCAGAUCUGAAAAAGAUAGGCUUCAAUGACCUUGAGACUCUCCUUUCUUUGCUUAAUUCUGAGGUUAAAGGCGAACAGGAUGACAGCAAAUUUCUUCUUGAAAAUUUAGUCAAACUUCUAGCCAAAUGGGAUGAAGGCUCAAAAUUCGGAGAACAGUUGAGCAAUGCCUUUAUUGGCAACCUUUGGAACGCUACAGAACAUCCUCCUACAACCAGUCUUGGCUCUCAGUAUAAAUAUCGAGCUGCAGAUGGAAGCUUUAACAAUAUCUCCUUACCUGAACUUGGAAAAGCUGGCACCCCGUACGCGAGGAGCGCAAAACCAGAGAAGCUCCAAAAUAUUGCACUUCCAGAUCCUGGCAUAAUAUUUGAUAGCGUAAUGGCUCGUGGGGAAACAUUCGAGCCCCAUCCAAACAAGGUUUCUAGUAUGCUCUUCUACCUUGCAUCUAUAAUCAUUCAUGAUAUAUUUCGAACAGACCAUGCGGAUUUUAAUAUCUCUUUGACAAGUAGCUACCUUGACUUAGCUCCGCUCUACGGAAGCAACCAAGAAGAACAAGAUACAAUUCGAGUUUUUAAAGAUGGAAGGAUUAAGCCUGAUUGUUUCUCUGAAAAGAGGGUCUUGGGCUUCCCUCCAGGAGUCGGAGUCAUGCUUAUCAUGUUCAACAGGUUUCACAACUAUGUUGUAAUGCAGUUGGCCGCAAUAAAUGAGAAUGAUCGUUUCAGAAGACCAGCAGAAUCUAGUUCUGAAGCUGCUUGGCUCAAAUAUGACAAUGAUUUAUUCCAAACAGGUCGUCUUAUCACGUGUGGUCUAUAUGUUAAUUGUGUUCUUAAAGAUUACGUUAGAACUAUUCUGAGUCUGAACCGUACAGACUCAAAAUGGAACCUCGACCCUAGGACCGAGGAAGGGAAGUCUCUUUUUAUCAAGCCAUUGGCAGAAGGUGUCGGAAAUCAGGUUUCUGCAGAGUUCAACGUGAUUUAUCGUUGGCAUUCAGCUAUCUCUGUGCGUGAUGAAAAAUGGACCCAGGACCUUUACGCUCAAAUGUUUCCAGGCAGAGAUCCUGACUCCAUAAGCAUGGAUGAAUUACUGCAAACACUUGGGAAAUUUGAAUCUGAUAUCCCAAACGAUCCUCUGAAACGCCAAUUUGCUAACCUUACCCGCAAUUCUGACGGAAAUUAUCUCGAUGAUGAUCUAGUACAAAUUUUGGAAGCUUCCAUUGAUGAUGUUGCUGGCUCAUUUGGCGCAAACAGGGUUCCAAAAAUACUGCGAUCCGUAGAAAUAUUGGGAAUCAUACAGUCUAGGGCCUGGAACUUGGCUUCUUUAAACGAAUUUAGGCAAUAUGCGGGCCUGAUAAAAUAUGCUACAUUUGAAGAUAUUAACCCUGAUCCAAUUGUCGCUGAAAGGCUACGAAAUUUAUACGAACAUCCAGAUAACGUGGAAUUGUACACUGGAAUAUUAGCAGAAAAAGUUAAACCACCCAUGACUCCUGGAUCUGGACUUUGUGUCAACUUCACUACGUCUUAUGCAAUUCUAUCAGAUGCCGUUGCGUUAGUCAGAGGAGAUCGGUUCUACACUGUUGACUACACUGCAAAGAAUCUGACGAACUGGGGAUAUAGAGAAGUUCUAUAUGACACAUCUGUCGACGAAGGAUGCGUUUUUCACAAGCUCAUUCUCCGUGCUUUUCCUCAUCACUUUAAAGAUAAUUCUAUCUUUGCUCAUUUCCCUUUUGUUAUACCCGAAGAAAACUUAGUAAUACAAAAGUCACUAAAUCGAGCUGAUAAGUAUUCCUGGGAUAAGCCAGCUAUGAAUCCUUCAACCAUCAAUAUUGAGUCAUAUACUAUGGCUCAAGAUAUCCUCAGAAAUGCUGCAUCCUGGAAGGUUGCCAAUGGGCAAGUAUUCUCACUUCUCCGAAAUAAAUUGACCAAAUCCCCCCAUGUUCUCAAGAAUUCAACUACUGAAACACAUCGUCCUAAAAAUCUAGAAAAUACAGUGAGAACUUUCUACCAAGAAACAACCAGGAAACUUCUCGAUACCUACAGUUACAAUCUCACAUCAGUCAAUGUGUGCCAAAUUGAUAUUGUUCGUGAUGUCUCAAAUAUAGUCAACACCCUUUUUGCUGCAUCAAUUUUCAAUAUACCCAUCAAAGCAUCUGAAUCAUCUGAUGGGCCGCAUACUGAGCAUGAAUUAUAUCAAAUUCUUUCCUUACUUUACACAGUCAUCGUGUCUAAUGAGGAUAAAACAAAAAGCUUCCACUUAAAACAGAUCUCACAUCAUACGACUAAGCAGAUUAGUGAUCUACUUUUACAUCAUACUAAAUCUAUUGCUGCCAAGGGCGUUUUCUCUGAUAUUCUUUCCAAAUUACACGAUUCUUCCGUCCUAGCUUCCUAUGGGACGUAUUUAGUGAAAGAAAUGCUAGAAACUCAGGUACCAGCAAGUGAGAUAAUCAGAGAUCAAAUUUUACCAACAAUGGCUUUUAUUUCUGCCGGCGGGUCACAGAUAUUUUGUCAAGCCUUGGAUUUCUACCUGGGCGAAGGCACUAAAUACCUCGCGGAUAUUCAAGCUUGUUCACUAGUAGAUUCAGCUGAGUCUGACGAGAGAAUCUUUCGAUAUUUCAUGGAAGGUGCGCGAAUCUCGACUAUUUUAGGUAUUGAUUGCUGCUAUCAGCCAAGUAACGAAACUACUGACUCGCCCGUCAUCGAUAAUGGCAAAUUUAAGUUCAACAUUUUGCCUGGGCAGAGGGUUUCUCUAGAUCUUCAUGCUAUCUAUCGAGAUCCUAAAAUUUUCUCCGAUCCUCAAGAGGUAAACCUCAAUCGUCCGCUUGAAUCAUACUUUGACCAUGGAUUUGGACCACAACAGUACGUUGGUCACGACCUUAACCUUGUCGCAAGGGUGGCGAUGACAGCUAUGUUUAAGACGAUCUUUAGCCUAAAAGGCUUACAGCGUUUACGCGGUGGUGGAGUCGAUGGCACUUGGUACCGCGGUGGCGAGAGUCAAGGUAUGUUAAAGAAAGCCCAGAUAUCACCAGGUCGAUUUGCCUAUAUGACCCCGGAUCAAAGUAGCUUCUGUCCCUUCCCAACCACCAUGAAAAUUCAAUGGAAUAUUGAAUAG